UUCAAAUUGCAGAUUUACCGCCAUUUUGACGCUAUGGGAGAAUUCUGCAGAUCAACCAUUUUCUUCUCCGAUCAACACCACUGCAAUGCCGAUAUCCUUCCUUCUUCACAGGUCCGAGCUCGAAUCGAAGUUGCGGUCCUGAAUUUUCUUAAAGCUCUAAGUUCAAACUCUCCGUCAAUUUCUGACCUAUCACUGAUCAGUAGGAACUCCAGCAACAGCAGAGUGAGCCGUGGGUUACUUACCGGUGAUUCAUGGAUCUUCCUGUCCCAUUCUUUUUGCACGCGAUCUUUGACGAGAGAGAAUAGUGCUAAGUCAUUCAUAAGAGUUUGGAAGGUUAUGGAGAUGUGCUACCAAAUUAUGGUUCAGGAAAAGAGGGUGACACAGAGAGAGCUAUACUACAAGCUGCUCUGUGAUUCACCAGAUUACUUCACUUCUCAAUUGCAGGUUAAUAGGACCAUCCAAGACUUGGUGGCUUUGCUUCGAUGCAGCCGUUACAGCCUUGGAAUAAUGGCAUCAAGCAGAGGGGCAAUAGCAGGCCGUUUAUUGUUACAGGAGCCAGACAAGGAAGUUGUUGACUGCUCUGCUUGUGGAUCUUCGGGUUAUGCUAUAUCAGGAGACCUGGAAUUGCUGGAAAAAUUAACCAUGGAAACAGAUGCUCGAUACAUCAUCAUGGUGGAAAAGCAUGCUAUAUUCCAGCGACUAGCAGAGGAUCGUGUAUUCAAUCAAAUCCCAUGCAUUCUGAUUACUGCCAAAGGAUUUCCUGAUAUUGCAACUAGGUUUCUGCUUCAUCGAAUAUGUCGGAUGUUCCCUAAUUUGCCAGUCUUGGGGCUGGUUGACUGGAAUCCAGCUGGAUUAGCAAUCCUUUGCACCUUCAAGUUUGGAAGCAUAGGGAUGGGACUUGAAGCAUACAGAUAUGCUUGUAAUGUCAAGUGGUUAGGACUGCGAAAGGAUGAUAUUAAUCAACUUAUACCUGAAGAAUGUUUGGUCCCUUUGAAACCUCGAGAUCUCCAGAUUGCCAAGAGCUUAAUGUCAUCAGAGAUUCUGCAGGAUAGCUACAAAGAAGAGGUGGCUGCUAUGAUUCAGAGUGGUAGAAGGGCAGAGAUUGAAGCUCUCUAUUGUCAUGGAUAUGAUUACUUGGUGAAGUUCCUUGCGACAAAAAUAGUACAAGCCAAUUACCUCUAAUAAUUUGACUACUCAUCGAAAACAAGUACUGAGAAAAUAUUGGAUUUUUCCAGAAUUGAAUGCUUAUCUGAACGGUGUAGGAAGUUCAGCACCUUAAAAAUAAAUUCGUAUUAGGAAUAGAGACCAUUACGGCUUUCUUAUGCAUUGAUGCGGUCUAUUUAGCUAGCGCCUCAUUUCGGAGUGUCGCUGCUACCAAGACUUGUUAUGUUUACCAAAACAACAGGAUCUCUUACAUUGAAAGAUCUAAGAUUACGGCAUUCAAAUGAAGUUCGACUCGAUGACCAUCAGGGCAGAGAUGCAAUCUUCAACUUAACAAAGGAAAUUCCCAAAAUAAACUGAACACACCAGACUAGUGUUAUGAAUGUGCGGAAAUUCAGAGCUCACAGGGUCCGUGAUGACCAGGGGAGCCUGCAAAGUAUUCACACAAUUAAACCAUAUAGAGACAUACCGAACUGACCACUCCAUAAUAAAGAAAAAAAAAUGGCCGGCCAUUCAUCAGGGAAAAGGGGGGUGAAACCUCUCCAUCUCAUUUGUGCAAUAACAAAUUAUAAAUGUGUAACAAUCAAAUAAUUAUGCAUCUGUUAAUAAUACAACUUAUACUCACCUCUAUUCCUUGGCCAAAAACACACAAAUUAUCACCCAAAAAAAAAAA